CGCCAAGUCCCCUCUUCCUCGGACCGUGUACCAUAUACCGGAGCUGUCAGUUGCGCAUGAUUAGAACUAAGUAACCUAGGAGACCUGACUACAUUAGCAUUGCAUAAGGUAUUUGAGCGGACAUGGCCCACCAUCUCUUGGCAACCUGCAUGCAGACCUUCCCUAUCCUCUUACGUCGUCUCCACUAAGACAACCUAGAAUGACACUAUGUAUACUGCACGUAAAUCACACUCACCUCUACUUUGUACAGGCAUAACAACAGACGCAAAAGCUGCAGAAAACAAGCCCAUCAAUAUCAGUGGCAUCUUCUCUCAAUUUCUUGCCUUUUCCAAGGCUGGCCAAACCAAGAUGGUUCACAAUCAUAACUUGACCGAGCUCAUCACUGGGCCGAUUCGCAAGGCCACCUCUCGAACCUCCACCCCAGUUCAAUCCCCAGUCGCAUGUCACACAAGAACCAGUUCCCAGACCUCGCCCAGAUCCAAGUCACGAGGGCACCGCUCCAGCGAUGAUUCUUCCUACCGCAGUGAUAGCCUGGAAAGGAAGGCGCGGAAGGAGGCCGACAAGCUCGAGCGCCGCUUACAGGAGCAGGAACUCAUUGAUGCAAGGCGCCGGAGCGAGGAUUUGAAGGCUCGCGAGCAUCUGGAUGAAGCCACACGUGCUCGCUUCGGCGAAGAUGUCGUCUUCAGGGAGCUGACGCCCAUCGCCCAACUUGUGACGCUCCCUGUUGGAUCCGAGAUAACGUUCCGCGCUCGGAUACAUCACCAGCGCGACAUCUCCAAAGUCCUCGACUUCCUCCUGCUCCGGGACCAGACUCACUCUAUACAGGGAGUCCUUCAAGGCCCUCCCGAGAUGGUCAAGUGGGCGCAGCGGCUGCAUCCUGAGAGCAUCGUACAGAUCACCGGACAUCUACAAUGUCCUAAGGAGCCUGUAAGGUCAGCGACCCACCCGGACCUCGAAGUCCUCAUCGAUACGAUCCACUUGGUUGCACCAGCCAAGAACCUCCCCUUCAACAACUAUCAACCACCCGAGUCGUUGCACCCCCGACUGACGAACCGGGUGGUUGACCUGCGCCACUCGGCCAACCAAGCCCUGUUUAGGGUCCGCGCAGCCGUCACGCGCACUUUCCGCUGGACGCUUGAUCAGCAAGAUUUUGUUGAGAUACAGACACCCAAGAUCAUGGCGGGAGCUACCGAGAGUGGCGCCGAGGUGUUCAAGGUUAAUUAUUUUGGUCGCAGCGCCUACCUUGCACAGAGCCCACAGCUCUCCAAGCAAAUGGCCAUCUCUGCCGACUUCAAGCGUGUGUACGAGGUCGGGCCUGUCUUCCGCGCCGAGAAUUCCAACACUCACCGGCACCUGACAGAAUACACCGGAUUAGACAUUGAGAUGUGCAUAGACCAAAGUCACCAUGAGAUCAUUCGUAUGGUUGACCGUGUACUCAAAAACAUCUUUGCCGCCGUCCACCAGAUGGAAGAACUCAAAAUCAUCCGAGAGCGUUGGCCAAGUGAAGACCUUGUUUGGUUGGAAGAGACUCCCAUCCUCACAUUCCCCGAGGCGCUGCAGAUGCUGAGGGAAGAUGGGAACCAGGAUAUCGAAGAGGAUGAUCUUUCAACAAGGGACGAAAUGAGGUUGGGUGAACUUGUCAAGGAAAAGUACAAAACCGACUACUUCAUCUUGGACAAGUUUCCCGCUGUCGCCCGGCCCUUUUACACCCACAAGGACGACAGUGAUCCCAAAUGGACAAAUUCGUUUGACAUCUUUGUUCGUGGCCAAGAAAUCUGCACCGGUGGACAACGAAUCCACAAAUACGACGAACUGCGCCAGAGCAUGACAGACUCUGGAAUAACUGGAGAUGGCAUGGAGGAAUAUCUUGCCGCCUUCGAGUCCGGAGCUCCCCCACACGGAGGCGCUGGCCUUGGUCUCGAGCGCAUCAUAACUUUUAUGCUGAAGCUGGGCGAUGUGCGAAAUGCUGCGCCGUUCCACCGAGAUCCCAAGAGUUUGCCCAGUCGACCUCCAGGACUUCCUCAUCCAGAGGCCAGCACUCGGAGGCGCAAGUCAGCACCGGUGUUACCACCACCAAGUACCAAAGAUAGUGUGCAUGGCGCUGUGACCACUGAUGGAGGCCACCACGGCAUGGAAUGCUCAGAUAUGAGCCCAAAAUCUAGCGCCGAAACAGACUAUCCACCGUUGGAGAAGCUUAUCGCCAACUAUGGCGACGCUACCAAUACUUCUUGGCUCGACGAUAGGUUCCAGAUCUGGAGGCACCCACCGACGGGCGCAGCCGUGGGCUACGUUCGACAGAGCAAAGAUCUCGUCAUUAUGACUGGCGACCCACUGUGCGAUCCAUCACAGUAUGCAGAGAUCAUCGGUGCCUAUCUAGACUUCGUCAAGAACACCCUGAAAUGCAAACCGGUUUGGCUACUCGUAUCCGAAGAAGUCCAACGCAUUCUGGCCAAUGAGCCGCACAACUGGCGCACUAUGACCUGCAACGAAGAGCAGCGCGUCCCCGCAGAUGACCAUGCCCGUCGUGGACUAAGCCGGCCUGGAGCGCAGAGGAGCGCACGCAGGGUGCAAAGAGAGGGCAUUCGGCUCCACGAGGUGCGACCCGAAAAGGACGAAAACUUCAAGCAGCGUGCGAACAAGGCCAUCGAGGAGUGGCAUCGGGCGCGCGAAGGCAAGAAGCAAGUUCAUUUGACCGAGGUCCGGCCUUGGGUAGAUGCGGAACAUCGGCGCUAUUUCGCGGCGGAGCGUGAUGGCCGGGUGCUGGGCCUCGUUGUGCUGCAUCGCCUAGCACCCCGAUAUGGGUGGCAGAUCAAGUGGGCGCUCGACAUGCCAUCCGCACCCAACGGUACGAUCGAGGCGCUGGUGGACCUUGCACUCAUGUCGAUUUCGGGCAGCCCUGCUACCUUUGGAGCGGACGUUUCGGAUAAGCUGGUUCCUGUUGCACAUAUCGGCGGAGCUAAAACAAAGGUUCUGACCAGGGUGUACGAUGCGUUUGUGAAGGGAACCGGGCUAUCGCGGAAAAAGGAGUUUAGGGAAAAGUUCGGCGUUGUUGGGGAGGCGGUCUUUAUCUGUUAUCCUAAAGGCGCGUUGGGAAUGGGUGAGAUUCGAGAGAUUCUCAGCGGCCAUCCACCCAGCAAAGUAUUCAAGAUGGUCAACCUGACGACUCAGAAGCGCCUUGCCGCGUCCGUUCUGGACUGUGGCAAGAACAAGAUCUGGCUGGACCCCAACGAGGUGUCCGAGAUCAGCAACGCCAACUCCCGCCAGACCAUCCGCAAGCUCGUCCAGGAUGGCCUUAUCAUCAAGAAGCCAGUCACCAUGCACUCAAGAGCACGCGCUCGGGAGCUUAACCUCGCCCGACGGAUCGGCCGGCACCGUGGUUUCGGAAAGCGCAAGGGUACCGCAGAUGCCCGUAUGCCAACUCAGGUCGUUUGGAUGCGUCGCCAGCGGGUUCUCCGUCGGUUGCUCGUCAAGUACCGCGCCAGCGGCAAGAUCGACAAGCACCUUUACCACGAGCUUUACCACUCCGCCAAGGGUAACACCUUCAAGCACAAGCGUGCGCUUGUUGAGCACAUCCACCGUGCCAAGGCUGAGAAGCAGCGCGAGAGGCUGCUCAAGGACGAGAUGGACGCCAAGCGUGCAAAGACCAAGGCUGCCCGCGAGAGGAAGUUGGAGAGGCAGGCGGCCAAGAGGAACGCCCUUGCCGGCGAGGCCGAGGAGUGAAGGGGACGGAACCGAGGCAUGCAACACACAAAAACUCUCGAGGGGAAAACCUUAGAAUCACAAAGGCAGUCUUCUCUUCACUGAAUGAUGACGGACUGGCGGCCUGCAUUCGGAGUAAUCGGUUUUGGGUCCUUUUUCUUAGUAUCGCCAAUGAGCUCUUCGCCUGGGUCUGUUUUCUCUUUUUUACUACAUUUUCGAGCAGUUUAACGCAACAUGGAACGGUUUGUGAUGGACGGGGAAAGGGUUUAUUCUCCCUCAAUCAUACCAGGGACGGCAUUGAAAAAAAGGAAGGGGGAACAAAAUGCAAUGAUGUCCAAGCUGUACAUGAGGUUUUUUAUUUGCUCAAAUGUGGUCUGGUUACGUCGGUUUCAUCUGGUCGUGGCGUUAUGAGGAAACGAUCUGGGUAGAGCGUGGCUUGACUGAACGUUUUACCACCUUGACAGCUUCGUGUGAAUGUGAACUGACGUCGGAAUCAAAUGUUUGAACCAAUUUCGAUGUGCAUAUGGGAUAUGGCUUCUUUUUAUUUGCCUGCGGUGGGUGGAAACAGCCCAAAAUAUUUCCUCUGACCGCAAGUCUCAAGAUUACUGUCACUACUACUACUUGAAAGCUUCUUUGCAGAUAUGGACACUCGAUAAUGCUAGGGAAGCGGCUCUUGGUGUAUCCACGUAGAUACGAAAACUCAAAAUACCCCCGAGAUCGGUCGUCAAUAUUUUGAAACAAUCUUCACCAAGGCAUUAGUCAAGUUCCUCGCUUGAGGCAUGACUUGUGUCUGGGCAACUAGGGGUUUUUUUUUUUUUUUUUUUUUUUUU